ACCAUGCCAUUCGACAUCAACACCUGCGCGAGGCCGAAUAUCCUCAAGCUUGAGCCGUACAGAUGUGCACGAGAUGACUACAAGGAUGACGGCACGAACAUCUUGCUCGAUGCCAAUGAAAAUGCAUACGGGCCUGGACUUGCUUUGACGAACGAUGGAAAGCUGGCAAAUGGCAGUGCCUCCAAUAUUCAGAUUGACCUCCUUGGUUUGAAUCGCUACCCUGAUCCACACCAGCACGAACUGAAGCAAAAGUUGAUCAACUUGCGCAACACUCAUGUCCAUACACAGAAGAACUUGACUCCUGACAACCUGUUCGUAGGUGUCGGUAGUGAUGAAGCUAUCGAUGCACUUCUCCGAGCCUUCUGCAGGCCUGGCCAGGACAAGAUCCUCACCUGCCCUCCUACAUAUGGCAUGUAUGCUGUGUCGGCUUGUGUAAACGAUGUAGAUAUCGUUAAGGUGCCGUUAGAUGCCGACCAUGACUUUGCAGCACAGCCAGAGAAGAUCAACGAAGCCUUGUCAAAAGAUGCCUCGAUCAAAAUGGUGUAUCUAUGCAGUCCUGGUAAUCCGACCGGAAGUCUGGUCAGUAAAGAUGCGGUUCGCAAGGUUCUGGAGCAUUCCACCUGGAAUGGACUGGUCGUACUUGACGAAGCAUACAUCGACUUCGCACCUGAAGGCUCAUCGUUGGCUGAGUGGGUAGCAGAGUGGCCAAACCUGGUUGUAAUGCAGACAUUGUCCAAGGCCUUUGGUCUGGCAGGCAUCAGGCUGGGAGCUGCUUUCACCAGUCCAGAAGUCGCCAGGCUGCUGAACAGUCUGAAGGCCCCAUACAACAUCUCCAACCCAACAUCACAACUCGCAAUUCAAGCACUCGAAGCGGAAAACCUGCAGGUGAUGUAUAAGCACCGGGAGCAGAUAUUAGAGCAAAGAGACCGCUUGCUUGCCGAGAUGCCGAAGAUCACUGGAGUAGGACGGUUUCGAGGAGGAACGGCUAGCAAUUUCUUGCUGGUGGAGAUGUGUGAUGCGCAGGGAAAGGCGAGCAACGAGGUUGCAUUGCAGGUGUACGAGAGGCUUGCAGAACGAAGAGGAGUCGUCGUUCGUUUCAGAGGCAAGGAACUUGGCUGUCUGGGAUGUCUUCGUAUCACCGUUGGAACAGAGACCGAGGUAGCACGCUUCCUCAAGGAGCUUCAGAGCGUGCUCGAAGAUGUGCACGCUGGACGAGUGAGCAAGAAUUCAAAGGAAAGGGAAGAGGUGAAGGAGAAAGAUGCAAACGGAGUCAUUGCGUAGGCGUAGAGGCUGGCCUGCUACAUAUUGGUGUGGGCUUAAAAAUGGGAUAUCGAAGUAGAACAAUACCAU